GAAGGACAGAUAGAGACAGGGACGGGGAAAGAGCGGUGUAGUCGGACUACCGUAUUAUGCACGGCAAAUACUAGCACAGCGCAAUAGAAGCGAAUAGGCUACCGGAGGAACACGAAGAAAAGUAUUCUAAACUCUUGCUUUUGAUUGACAUUUUCUCUUUUGCUUUUUUUUAUGCAACGGGCACACAUCUGAAAACAUAUGAAGAUUUGUUAUAACCAAUUUUUUCAAUUGCUCCAUUUUGGAGUGAAACAAAAUAUAUCCAGUAAUUGCGGUGGCCAGUUUUAUUUAUAUGUACCGGAGUCAUAUGAAUCGAAGAUAAUAUAGCAGCAAAAUGAGAGCUCAAAUCGAGGUGAUCCCGUGUAAGAUAUGUGGGGACAAGUCCUCAGGAAUCCACUAUGGAGUCAUCACCUGUGAAGGCUGCAAGGGCUUCUUCCGCCGCAGCCAACAGAACAACGCCAUGUACUCCUGCUCCCGGCAGAGGAACUGCCUCAUCGACCGCACCAACCGCAACCGGUGCCAACACUGCCGGCUGCAGAAAUGCCUGGCGCUAGGAAUGAGCCGCGAUGCGGUGAAGUUCGGCCGCAUGUCUAAGAAGCAGCGGGACAGCCUGUACGCGGAGGUGCAGAAGCACCAGCAGUCUCUGGAGCUGCCGGGCGUGCUGGGGGCGGCGGGGGCCGGCGGCGUGGGCCUGCCCCGGGAGGAGGUGUGCGACGCGGGCAGCCUGGGCCGGGCCUACAGCCGGGGCUCCAGCUCGGCCCUCAGCGACCUGGACGACAUCGCGGCCCUGCCCGACGGGCUGCUCUUCGACCUGCCGCUCACGCCCGAGGGCGCGGGCGGGGACUACUGCGGCCUGGGCCAGCUGGGGGGCAGCGCGGGGAGCGGGUCGUCCUCCCAGAGCUCGCCCGAGCAGAGCGGCCUGGACCUGGCCGACGCCCGGCACGUCAAGCACGAGUACCAGAUGCUGCACGCCCCCUCGCUCUUCACCUACCCCCUGCUCAGCGCCCUGCCCGACGGCUGCUCCCUGCUGGAGAUCGAGCGGAUCACCCAGAGCGUGGUGAAGUCUCACCUGGAGACCAGUCAGUACGGCAGUGAGGAGCUGAAGAGGCUCAUGUGGACCGCCUACUCCCCCGAGGAGACCCGCAGCUUCCAGAGCAAGUCUGCGGAGUGGAUGUGGCAGCAGUGUGCCCUCCGCAUCACCAACGCCAUCCAGUACGUGGUGGAGUACGCCAAGAGGAUCGCCGGCUUCAUGGACCUCUGUCAGAAUGACCAGAUCAUCCUCCUCAAAGCAGGCUGCCUGGACGUCCUUCUGAUCCGCAUGUCCUGUGCCUACAACCCCGUCAACAACACCCUCCUGUUCGACGGCAAAUUUGCCGGCCCCCAGCUCUUCAAAGCUUUAGGCUGUGAUGACCUCGUGAGCGCAGUGUACGAGCUGGGCAAGAGCCUCAACCGUCUGCAGCUGUCUGAAGAGGAGAUGGCACUGUUCAGUGCAGCAGUCCUCCUUUCUCCUGACCGGCCAUGGCUGACUGACACUCAGCAGGUCCAGAAACUCCAGGAGAGGGUCUACGUGGCAUUACAGCACUGUCUCCACAGGGGCGGUGCUACAGAGGAGAAACUGGCCAAGAUGGUGUCCAAGCUGCCCAUGAUGAAGUCCAUCUGCAAGCUCCACAUUGACAAGCUGGAGUUUUUCCGCCUGGUCCACCCCGAGACAGCCUACAGCUUCCCCCCUCUCUACCGGGAAGUCUUCGGCAGUGAAAUCGCCUUCCCAGACUCCACUGAGGGCUAACUGCCGUCAGGAAGACAGAGUGAAAGAGGGAGGUAGAGAGAAAUAGAGAGAGAGAGAAGAUAGGAAGGACGUUGGGAAGUUGAGGCAGAGGAAUGUGGUAUCGCAAAGCAGCAACCAGUAGCUCAGUGACAAUCAUGCACACAACACUUUACCCCACACACACACACACACACACUCUGACCUGACUCCAUUCUGUGGGAUAACACUCUAGGGUGGUCCUUCCCAGGGAAUAAAACUUAGGAAUAGCCCAAUGCUAGCUGAAGGGGCCCUGCAUGCAUGCCUCCUUGCAUUAGCUUGCAAUAUGAAUGAGUUCUCUCGUUAACUUCAUGGUCUCAGUAACCAGAGAUCCCUCCAUCCUUGUCCACAAACCAAACCGUGAAUGUACCCCGCAACCAUGGAAACAAAGCCCUAUUCCUGAGACAGAAUGUGUACACAGCCCUGUGCCUGUUGCAGAGCUGUGCUUUUUACAUUUUUACUAAAAUUCCUGGCCAACCCAGGGCUGUAUAUGUCCCAAUUCCCACCCAAUUUGGAAUGUUCGUUUGCAACGUUCAGCUGCGUUCUGUGCGCAUACCACCCUGCUAAUCCGAAAGAGCCGGGGCAUUCGCUGUGGAGGUUUCCUCUGAAACGCGGGGUGUCCCGCAGCUACGUGCUUCAGGCUGCAGCUAAGCUCAAAUAGAGUUGCAUUAGGAGAAGACCUUUCAUAUGCGGCUUUGAUAGGCAGUCUGACAAACGCCCUUUUCAGCCAGUAGGGGACACCCAAGAGCGCCGAAAUGCAGAUCCCUGUGUGACUGUAGCCUCAUAUCCUGGGCGAUGUAGGCACCAGUUGUGCAUCUCUCUGCUGUGCUCAGCACUGGCGCGGUCCAGAGUCCAUCCGAGACCGCAAGGCUCAUCCAAGGGCCACUGCCUGGUGCCUUAAUCGAAUGAGCCACCCAGCAGCCCAAAGCUGUGCUUCUAUGAUGCAGGCUUUAUCCCAGUUUGAAAACAAACCAAUGGUUUGGAUUAUGAUUCAUUAAUGGCCAUUCAGAACAUUUUAAUUCUUUUAGCGAAGCAAUUUAAAGGGACCAAGAUCAGUCACUGUUUUUGCGUAAGACAAAUACCGACCGGUGUGUAGCAUGCAACACAAAGAUAAUCUACCUUCUUUCUUUUUUUUUUGUAAUUAAUUGAUCCGUCGAUCAUCAUUUUAACUGACAUGCACAAAGUAACUGACUCGCACACACCACACUAGAGACACUAACUGGCCGGUCCAUGUGUCCGUACAGGCAUGCACCUUCAGACAGUGUUUUUUGGAGCUGCUUUUUUUUUUUUUUAAAUGCAAUGGAAAAACCUCAGUCCCACAACCCUUUUCCCUUUGCCAAUGCCACUUAGAGAAAACAACAAAAAAAAAAGUAUUUUUAAAUGUUCCUUUAAUUUAUACAUACAUUUAUAUAUAUAUUCAUUUCUUGAGAAAGUAUAAAUAUGUAUAGAGAGAUAGAGAGUGCGAAAAGAAAGAGGAAAAAGGAGAGAUUGAGUGACAGAAAGAGGGGAUUCGGGGAGGGCCUGUCAGACCAUGUAAAAACUGGGACUAAACUCAGCGAAAACGCUGGGGAACAGCGGAGAAGACAAAGCACUUACUGAAUGACCGGGGGCUUACUGUGGACCUUCAUCCUGUGCUCCGGAGGCCAUUUUGGCUCUCCGGUGGAACCGCCCUCCUGAACGCCUUCGCUACGGCCGAAGCGCUAGACUCGCACUUGAGAGGGGCGGGAGGAACCUUUUGAAAGAUAAAAAACACUACGGUGACCUGAACCCCCCCAUCCCAAAAAAGACAGUUUUUAAAGAACUGCUGGAAAACUAAGCUCACCUGUGCGUUCCCAGGACGACCACCUUGUUGUUAAAAUGUAGCCAGCGCUGUGGGAUCCACAGAGACUGUACCAUAGAAGAAGAGGACAAGACAAGUAGCCACCUUCGAAAUGCCAGAGCAAAGGGGGGGUCAGGGGUCAGAGUUCAGGGGUCAAAGACAUUAUUAUGUGUUCAGGCAGAUGGCGAACAGGGGCUUGUGCCUGGAGAAGACUACAUUGUGUCAGGGUAUUUGCAUCUGAAAGUUGUACUCUAUACUCUAGGGUAUCUGUAGUGUAAAACUGUACCCUAGGGUACCUGAAUUGUAAAGGUGUACCCUAGGGUAUCUGAAUUGUAAAGGUGUACCCUAGGAUAUUGGCAUGGUAACGCUGUAACCCAGGGUAUCUGUAUUGUAAAGAUGUACCCUAGGGUAUCUGCAUUGUAAACUGUACCCCAGGGUAUCUGCAUUGUAAAACCUCCCACGGUCAGUUUUUAUGGAUUGUGAAUUGUGCCCAUAUAUAUACGCUCACCCCCUUUCCUCAAGCCUAUCCUCCUAUGUACACUUUGGCACAAUUUAAGGGUUGACAGAGCUAUCAGCUACCCCCCUGAGACAGGGAUUACUACUAUUAUUGUUCUUAUUAUAUAGUACAUAAUCUAUUUUAGAUUUUUGCAGUGCAAAGGACACUGAAGGACAAAUGAAAUAUAUCUUUUGUUUUCUGAACAGAUGUUAUUUUCCUACAAUGUUUGUUAAACUCCGCGAGGGGCGAGUCGAGCCCAUUCUGCUGCGUCCAGUGCUGAAAGCAGACCACCACACAGAGACAAUCACAGGCUGCACAUCCCCCUCCGCCUGGAGAGGACGGCUUGGUCUUCAGUUUUUUAACCGGUCAGCCCUUCCAGGACUACGAUGGUCCUCACGUGGCGGGGUUUGACAGAGGAUACUUAAGUCGGACCAUCUUUGACUUAAGUGCGCUCUUAAUUUUUUUAACUACGAAGCCCUUCUGAGAUUAAGAUCUUUCUCACGUGGCAGGGUUUUGACAGAGCACACUUAAGUCAGACAUCUUUGACUUAAGUAACUUAUAGGUAUUCUUAGGCGUCAGAGUUAAAGCCCCCAGAUGCCUGGAAUCUUAUUCAUAACCGAGGAAGAUCAAUUAACCGAACAUAAGCUGUGUAAUUCAGAACGGCUCGAUCGGAGCGCUUCAUAACCGUAAUGGCAGUGAGGUCAUUUCUCAGCAGGACUUAAGAUGUAUGAUAUCCACGUACAUAACCGAAUCGCACAGUGAUCCACCCUGCGCUGCUGGCCCAGUGCAUAGUCUCCAUUUUGUGUGUUUUUUUUUUUUCUUCUGUUUAAUUUCAUAUGAACUGGGGGAUUUAGGCGGAUCCAUUUUCUGAUUGUUUGUUUGUUUUUUUUUCCUGGGUGCUAAAGGCUAAAGACAGUGUCAUACGGGGACUGUGCAAUAGUCAGUCUUUUUCCAGUUGUAGUGCUUAAGGACCCACACGGGACCUGAGUGUGUUCCCUCCUCAUCCUCUGUACUGUAUUGAGAGGUCGUGGGCCAAAAUCCACGUCAAUCAUACCAGACAGUGCAGAAUGCAGGAGAUUGAUUGUAAGCAAACGUGUCGACUCUUUAGGGAGCUACAAAGGCUAGCUCCUGACACAUUGAUGGAGUAUAAUUUGUUGGGCUUAAGCUCAAGCAGGGAUGUGAUUGUUCCCUCAUUAAGCAGGAAUAAAUUCUGAUUUGCAGACCCUGAAUAUCUCUCCUGGGACCACUGGUAUUUGCAAUACGUUUUCCACAAACAUCAGCUGUCAGAGAGCACAAAAGCACUUGAUGCAUGUGUGUGCUUGUGUGAAAAAAUAGUACGCUGGAGUAUACCUGAUGUAUACUAUUUUGUACUUAACAAUGGUUGAAGUGUAUUUGAAGUUUAUAUCAAGUAUGCUUAGUGUACUAUUUUUUUCACGUGGGAUACCCAAGUCCUAAAUUACAGAAAUGGAAAAUACUACAAUAUAUUGUAAACAUAGACUUUUUUUCAGAAAAUUUAAUUAUCUAAUGUUAAAAUAUAUAUAACAGUAUAUAUAACAAUAGUGUAUUUAAAAGAAUAUUGCAAUACCUGAAAGUGGCAAUAGUUUUGCCCAUACAUCUGGAAAUUUAUUUUAAAAUAUAUGCUUUAUUUCAAUAUUUUUUUUGUGUAUUCCAUUUCUGUAACUGCUGCCUCUGGCUGAGGUGUUUCAGAUCUGAAAAAAUCAGCAUUUUCCUGAUUAAUCGGGAACAAAUACCUGGAGAAAAUUUUUGGUGUCCAGUGCUGCCACAGACGUGUCCUACAGGGGUGUGCAUGUGGAGGUUCUCCAGGUGUGCUAGCCUUUACACUACAUUCACAUUCACUCAGGGAGAUGGCUGGGCUCUGUCAUACGGUGUCUUCAGUUAGCCUAGCAGAGACACUUUGCACCGAAUAGAAGACCUUUAACCUUGAUCACUGUUUAUAGCGUAUGUUCUUGUGAAUGUCAAUCACGGAAGUAUCAAAGACUUUUUACCCUUGUUCCGACAUCAAUAUUACAACAGGACUUUUCAGUCCGAAUUGUAGAAGACUUAGGAUAUAAGCAAAAAUUAAUAAAAUAUAAAGAUGGAUUUUAUUCUUGGAAUUUUCGUGUCUGUUUUGUUGUGAUCUUUUCCCCCCAUUUUUCUUUGUCUCCCCUAUUUAGCAUCCUCUAUUUUGUCUUGUAAGUUUGUAAUUCUAUUUUUUUAAAAACAUGUUAAAAAAACACCAAAAAAGAUCAUUUACUUCUGUCAGUAUCCCCGUCCUUCAUGUCUUCAAUUUAUUUCAAAUUAUUAGACUACACACACACACACACACACACACAUGCACACACACACUCACGCACACACACACUCACACACACACACGCACACACACCUGCACUCACACGUACACACACACACACACACACACAAACAUGUGUAUGUGUGUGCUUGUGUAUGAUAUAAUUUAUAAUAUAUUAUUAAUAAAGAGCUUGGGUUAUUAAAAACAUUUAAGAGUUGUAGCGUUGUGCAAUGGGGAUACAGUAUGUGGUUUUAAGAAUGUAAUAAAGAUCUUUUUGCAGAAA